AUGGAGUCUUCCAACGACGAGCGCCAGCAGGUUUCCAACAACCUCCCCGAUAUGUUCCGACCACCCGUCAACCGCGCGAUGCGCACCCUCGACCGGUCGUUCUUCCGCAAGACCGUGCCGAUCGCCGCUGCCAAGGUCUUCAAGAACUCGGAGAUCUCGAAAGUGCGCCAGGAGCUUCAUAAGGUGCGGGACUUGUUGGCUGUUCCGCGGUUGAGCUGCGUUCGCGAUUUGCAGGAGGAGGAUGGGGUUAAGAAGGCGCUUUUGCUGCGGGGGGAUUUGAGGCCCGAUGACAAGACGACAUGGUCUCCCACUAUUAAUGCGCUUGUUGAGAAGGGGACUGUUGAUGUGAUGCCUUAUGACUUGGUUUUGAAUUAUGAUUACUGGUCCUACGCUGAGAUUAUUGGCGCUAUUCUGCCUGAGAAGGAGAUGCAGGAGGUUCCUCAAGGGUUCACACAGGUGGGGCAUGUUGCACACCUCAACCUCCGCGAACAAUUUUUCCCGUAUAAAUUCCUUAUUGCCGAGAUCCUGAGAGAUAAAAACCCCUCCAUUCGCACCGUCAUCAACAAGAUUGAAGAUGUUGGUUCUCAGAGCCAAUUCCGUACAUUCCCAUUCGAGGUUCUUAUUGGUGAAAACGAUUUGAACGUUGUUCAACAUGAGCAGGACUGCGAGUUCCGAUUCGAUUACGCCCGUGUGUACUGGAACAGUCGCUUGGAGACAGAGCACCGACGACUUGUUGACAAGUUCAAGCCGGGCCAGAUGGUCUGCGACGUUAUGGCCGGUGUUGGGCCGUUCGCCGUUCCUGCGGGCAAGAGGAAGAUCUUUGUGUGGGGCAAUGAUUUGAACCCGCAUGGAUACGAGGUCAUGCAGGAUGCUAUUGUGCGGAACAAGGUCUCUGACUUUGUGACGCCUUUUAACUCAGAUGGUCGGGAGUUCAUCAAGACGUCGGCUAAGUCUCUGUUGGAAGCCGAACCAGUUACUGUCACUAUUAAGCCCAAGGUUAAGAGCCGCAGUGAUAAGAAACGCAAGAUUGAGGAGGGUAAGGAGGUGGUUGAGCCCCCAGCCGAGGUGUAUACUCGUCCGUCCAUUGUGGACCACUACGUCAUGAACCUGCCUGCCACUGCCAUUGAUUUUGUCGAUGCCUUCCAGGGUGUCUACGCUGGCCAUGAGGAGCUUUUCGCACCGAACACUGCUCAACUUCUGCCCAUGGUCCAUGUCUACUGUUUCUCGGGUCAUUCUGAUAACGAGGUGGACGAUCACAUCGAUAUCUGCCAGCGGCUGUCUGAGCGCAUCGGGUACACCAUCACCCACGAAGACCGAGUUGGAGGCAGUGGUAACGAAGCCAUUGAACUAGCGAUCCAUAAUGUUCGACUGGUGAGCCCGAACAAGCAGAUGUUCUGUGCUAGUUUCCGUCUGCCGGCAGAGGUUGCGUUCCGGAAGGUAUAG